AUGAAUAACAAUUCAAACAAAUCAUUUGCUACUACUAGAAGAAAGUCUUCUAAUACAUUCCUUGUUCUCAGUUGCAUUGUCUGUUUCGUAUUAUUCACCUUCAUGUUGACAAUGGUCACUCCAAUUGAACUUUCCAAAGGAAACAAUAAGAAACCAAUGCCACCAAAGCACAAUAGCACUCAUCCUGUUCAUCCAACUCAUCCAAUUGCUAAUCACACUCAUGCCAACACUCCUGUCAAUGACAAAUCUUUGAUUGAUAGAAUUAAUUCCAAUCAUACUCAUGGAUGGAAGGCAACUGAAUACUCUAGAUUUGAUAAUAUGACCAUUUCACAACUUAGAGAUAAUCUAUUUGGUCUUUCAUUGAUGAGCUCUGAUGAAGACACUCCAAGAAUGGCAAAUAUUGAAACAAGAAUUGAUAUUCCAAUGAAUUUCGAUGCAAGAACUCAAUGGAAAGGAUGCGUUCCAGCAAUUAGAGAUCAACAAACAUGUGGUGCUUGUUGGGCUUUCUCUGCAAAUUAUGUAUUGGCUCAUAGAUUGUGCAUUGCCACCAAUGGUCAAACCAAUGUUGUCCUCUCACCAGAAUAUCAAGUUCAAUGCGAUACAAUGAAUAAGGCCUGUCAAGGAGGUUAUUUGAAAUAUUCUUGGACAUUUUUGGAAAAUACUGGAACACCACUUGACAGUUGUAUUCCAUAUGCUAGUGGAAGAGGAACCUUCUCCUCUGGAACUUGUCCAACUCAAUGCAAGAUUGCUUCCAUGUCCAUGAGCAAGUAUAAGGCCAAAAAUACUGUUUAUAUUUCAGGUAUCAAUAAUAUCAAGACUGCAAUCAUGACAUAUGGCAGCGUACAAGCUGGUUUCACAGUCUACAGGGAUCUUACAGGUUACAAGUCUGGUGUCUAUAAACACAUUGAAAACACAGUUCUUGGUGGACAUGCUGUUGCCUUAAUUGGAUUUGGAGUUGAGGGAGGUUCUAAUUAUUGGUUAGCUGCCAAUUCAUGGGGUCCAAAUUGGGGAAUGUCUGGAUAUUUCAAAAUUGCUCAAGGAGAGGGUGGAAUUGAGAAUCAAGUUUAUGCUGGAGAAGCUGUUUAUUAA